GGACAAGAUUUUGAAGGAGGUGAGACAGCGGAGAAUGAAUCCUAUGAGAACAUCAGUUUCAACGUCCUCCGCACCCGCAACUUCCAGUUGUUCGACCGGUGCAGCAAGUACUAGUUCCUGUGCCGCAUCAACAUUGGGCACAACUUCAAGAACUUCUAGCGGGUCGAAGGCCAAGCAGUCUCUCUCGAUGACACCGAAGGGCGUGGCCACCGGCGCUGGUCCCGCAGCACCUCCCACAACUACUUCGAAAUCUACCUCUACUUUCGAAGUCGGCAGCUUGACCAUGUGGAACCGGCCGGACAACGCUCCGGAAAAGAGAGACUCCAAGUCCGCCAUCGCGGUCGUAAAUAUCGGGACUCUAUGCGGCGAAUUCAUCGGCAGUGGGCGGCCGGACAACCUGGAUGUGACGGACCUGUUUACCAUAAACCGGAUGGUUGCACUUGCCGAACUCCGAAAAAACUUGCGGGAAGGGGCGGUGCAAAUCCAAACGUGGUUUCUACAGUCGCAGCUGCAGCCCGUUACUAGUACUUCUAGAGAAGCUCCUGAUGUUCCUCCGCCAGACGACUACAGUGACGUGGACCACGACAACUUGGGUGCGGUAGAAGAAGGAGGUGGUCCUGCAGCUACCGAGCCAUCAAAAGGUGACGAUGAGAAGUCAAUCCAGCCAACGCCCGAGCGAGAAGGUGGACAACUACGGCGAGAAGAGGAGGACAAGAAAGGGACAGGACAGCAAAACAGCGACCUCCCAACAUUUUCAAAAGAAAUUUAUUCGAGCUCCUGUGCCGCGACGGUGCAUUCUGCAACGAAAAACAAGAGGAAGGCUUCUGCAUAUUAUCCUCCUACAAUAUUAUCGGAAUUGCACAAAGCCCAGAUCCUCGGCAUUUUCCAAGCUCUGAAGCCCGCUACUGUGAACUGGAACGCUUUGAUGGAUCGCUUCCUCGACAUGGACGAUUUCCAUCGUUUCGCGCGGAAGUGCACGUCCGUGCAGAGUACUAGGUCCUUCUCCUCCGUGCAACAGGCGAGCUCCUGUGCCUCCUCGCCGGCGCCUGGCGCUGCAGUUGCUGUGAUAAAGAAUACAUCUUCGACAGCCUCAACCUGCCCGGCGCGGAUCUACUGUGCCCACAGCGGACACAGCUUUCGGUGGGCCCAGGAGACCUUCGGCGCGUGCAUUCAGGACUACUUUGCACCCCCGUGCAAGUGGCUUUUGCUACCGCCGGAGGAACAAAUCAGGCGGCUGCAGCUGGACGCGGACUCGCUCGGCGCGGCGCGAGACCUGCAGGAACAGGUGCACAAAACGAACCACGAAUUCGGAGAGAAACUGCUGAAGGAGAACGCGAAUGUCGGCCAUAUGCUAGACGAGCUAGGCAUCGCAGAAGUGGCAACAUGUAUAAUCGCACUACGCACUUAGAGUAAGUAAGAAAGAAAUCGCAUGAUCACAAACACAAGCUUUCUCAAGUUGAAUAUAGUAAAAUUUGUAAGACGUCGCUCAUAUGCCAGCUUUGGAGAGACAAUGAAACCUGUCAUGCAAAAACACCGCGGCCACUAGUACGAAAUGAACGAGUGCGAAGAUUAUACCACUUUUGCAAUGCACAGUGGCUGAACUACCAGAACCAGGAGCAGACAGCCCAAAAAAACCUAAUUGCAGCGAUGAAACAGGACGACAGCAGCGACGAGUCGCUCGAUGAGACGUUGGCCGAGAGUGACCGACUUUUAAAAGGCGCCUGCGAGACGGCGGCGCGAACGGCGAGGUGCAAGACCCUCAGCCAACACGUGCAAAAGUGUCUGGCGGAGUACACGAAGAUGACGAUGCAGUACAAUGCGAAGAACCAAGAACUGGAGAAAAUAAUAGCGAAGCUCGACUUGGACCUGAAGCGGCACGGCUUCUGGAAAUUGACCAAGGAGCGUGGCGAACAACUGCUUGGCUUAGUCUUCAAGCCGAAAAAGUCCAACCUGUUGGCGCGCGACGCCAUCUACGAGCUGUUUGGCCGGUGUGGGUACGUCGCUUGCACACUGAUCCACCCACGCCUCUUUUGCCCGGUAGAAAAAAUCUUCGCGCAAGCCCUCGCCCCGUGGUUCAGCGACCACUGGACCUGCGCUGCGUUUGAAAUGCCGCGCAUUGAUGGUCGUCAUUGCAACAUCGAGCACAAGGACUACAUGAAGAUCAACAACUGUGUCGAACAGGAGCAGCUUUUGUCUUGCUCUUCAAACGCGACGCUCCUCCAUGGUACUACUAUUCCCGAUGUGCCGGAAGAUGAGCGACCGUCUGACGCAAGAUCAGCUGCACCUGGGAACAAUUUGACCUCUACUAGUACUUCAGCACCCGUCUACGCCUACAGCCCGCCUUCCUGUCCGUGCAAACUCUGCGACGUGUCCUCCCUCGCGGUCCGUGGUCGCCCGGUGCAGCUGACCCAAAUUGGCGCGCUGCAAGAAGACGAGUUUUCCCGGGGCAUAGCAAUUGAGUGGACCUUAUCCUCAAAAAAAAGACCCAUCCCCAUCGAAUUUGUAAUGCAAAACAUGCAUAAAGUGCAGUGUUUGUGAUGCAAAAAAUGAAUGGGGAUGGGUGUUUUCUCCUGGAUAGACCUACUCCCCGUUGGCGCCCAUUCACGAAGAGGACGGGGUGGAGAGAAAGAAAGUAGGGCAAACGGUGGAUGAUUCUCGGGAAGUGGAGCAGGGGCAGCAGGCCAACAAGCGUCCUCCAGAAAGUGAUAAAGUAGCGAGAAAUCAAUCUUCUACAGCGCAGCGACAUGUUGAAUCGGAAAAUUCGAAGAACGAGUCGGUUGGGACUCCAUCAAAAAAUCUUCGCAGCAAUAAUAUGAAGACAACAAGAGCAAAUAAAAACGCGGCUUCUGCUUGUAGUGUGGAAAACGAGAAAACGAAAAUAUGUGCAGGCAGAACAUCGGGUGUUCUUGCAGGAGCAUUGUCUAAAAGCGUGAGAAUAUACCGAUCGUGGGACUCAGAACACUUCACCAGGAUUGACAAAGAGGCUGCUCCGCAGGAGCAAAAAGAUGUUUUUUCAUAUAUUCCUUUCUUACUUUUAUUCUUUUAUCACCAUAAGAAAAGCCCUAUUGUUUUGAGAUGUUCAUCGACAUUCAUUCAUGUUCAUGGUGAAGAUUCGCUGCGAAAGAAAACAACAAUGUCUGUGUUGAAAAACCAAAAAUGACUUGUUUCAAAACAGCCUAAAGCGGGCACACUGGACAAGGUGGAAGAUCAUACUUUUCUCUUUUGAUCUUUCUCUUUCUUUCAACUUUCAGUAGCUCCUUUCUCGGUCUGAUUCAUCUCGCAUUUUCUUCUUGAACAACAGCACUGAAAUUCAGAGUCUCGCACUUCUCACUAGGUAUCUUUUCACCGUCUACAACCCUGCCUCCUGCGGACUCUGAAUUUUCCUGCUCGUAGCCAGUCAGUCUCAUCCGGAGAGUCAGCCCGAGCUGAUUGACUUGACCCUGUGCAAAUUGACUUGAAACGUUUUGCCAGUUUCGGUUUUGACCGUGAUCGCACUACCGAAAACUUUUUCGACCUCGUACGGGCCAUCCGCAAGUGGUUGCAACCUGUGCGAGAGGCCCUGCGUGAGCAUCUCUUUGUGGAUGAAGACGACAUCGCCCUGCUUUAAUUUCGUUUCGCCUUGUUUUUCUACAAUUUCUUCCUGCUUUUCUUUUUGUAGCUCGAUGAUUUCGUCUUGCACCGCGAUCAUAUUCUUGAUUCUUUCAUUCCAAAAACGAUAGAAGAAGUCGCUGCUGUUUUUUGCGAUGGUGAGAGAUGUGCUCGGGCGCCAGCCGAAGACUAUCUCGAAAGCACUUUUGCCGAGCUUCCCUGUCUGCACGUGCGUGUGGAAGCUCCAGGCUGCCGGCUGGAUCAACAGAUGCCAGUCGAGCACUUUCUUUUUCAAAAAUUUGUCGAUGAGGUAGGAGCGGAGGCAUUCGCUGAGAACUCUGUGCAUUCUUUCGAUUUCGGAUUGGGAAGUAGGGGAGUACGCACUUCCUAGUAUGUGUUUAAUCCCGUGGGUGUCGCACAGCGCUUGCACGAUCGCCGCGAGAAAUUCCGUGCCGCGGUCACUCCGCAGGACGCGGAAUCUAAGUACCGAAGACGCAGAUCGCUCGGAAGUAGAUCACUGCAGCUACUUCCUUUGCUUCUUUCGUUGCUGUGCACUCGAGAAUUGUCCAACCCGAGUACAUGUCGAUCAGCGUUAAGAUCCAGGAGUAGCCCCCGGACUUCGUAAUGGGCCCGACAAAGUCAACCUGCCAGAUUUCAAAGUAAGGGCUGGACUGCGAUUCCAUCCUUGCGCGCGAAGCUGGUCAAGCCUUUUUUUGUUUUGCUCUGUGCGCAAACGCGGCACGCGCGGACGUAGUGGCGGACCUGUCUUGCCGCACCUGUCCAUGUGAGUGAAAAACUCGCGGACUUUCCCCAGCGUUCUCUCGCGGCCGGAGUGGCCACCGUGCAGUGGGUCGGUGUGGAAGAAUUCCGUGAUUUUUGUCGUGUAGUUCUUUGGAGCAACAAUCUUCGGAACAGGCCCCACAUCUUCUAGUACUUUUUUCAGCAGGAAGCCAUCCUUGACCUCGAAGACUUUGUGGGCGCGCUUUUUUGGCGGGUAUUCUUCGAGCUGUAACUUUUGGAAUUCUUUUGGGUCGAUAUCCAGCAAGCGGAAGUCAAAUUCGACGCAUCUGUACUCACCUUCGAUGGUGUGGCAGAACAAUUCCUCAUCCUCAUCGAAGUCUUUUCCUCCGGUGUCGAGCUCUGUGGGAGCGUCGAUCUCAUCCCGAGAGCCAGCCCUAGCAGCGGUCUCUGAGCGAGAGUCGAGCUCACCACGAGCGUCGGGCACAUUUUUGAACUCUAGCUGUUGGCUUUCGGUAGAAGUAGAAGUAGAAGUCACGUUGCUACUGCCUCCUUGCCCUGGUGUCGCAGCACUUAUCUCUGCGGUGCUUGUGCUGUUCUGGCCGCUCGGUUUCUGCCCUUUCGGGGUUUGGUCGUGGGAGUCUUUGGGAGGGACUGCUAACGCGGAUUCGGCUUUUUUACCCUGCCUCCGUGGGGUGGUCUUCUUUUUGCGCGGUGCUGCCUCCUUGGGGAGGUCGUCCCUGGCGACUUGUGCAUCGCCCGCCCGAAGCUGAUCCUCGAGGCCGAACCAAAAUUCUGCCUCGUCGCUGAACAUGUCGAUCGGCUGGUGGGACUGCAGGUGCUUGCGUAGCAGUUCCCGCACCUGUUUCUGUGUUGCCGUGCCGCGUGUCGCAUACAACAUGUACCGAUGCGCGCGCUCCGGGCCUAGCGCUCGAAUAGACAGCCACAACUGCUGCCGUUGGUUUGGACCUAUCAAUCUCGAGAGAGGAUUUUUUGACCGUCAGCCCUGAGGAAGAUGCUGCUCCCCCUCGCGUCGUCGUGCGUGAAAACUUUUACUUUUCCCUGGACGGGCUUCACUGGUAGGCGCUGCUGUGCCGUGAACCUCUUUUGCGAGCUGAGCAAGAUCGAAACUUGUGGCGUUUUCCGUUUCCCAUUCGGUGUGCAAGUCCCUCGCUGGCUGGGACUUGGGCUGUCCCGCUCCGGCGGGCUUUCCUCGGGCAGGACCUGCAGCGGCGGGUCGAUUUUCCUUGCUGUCAGUUCCUCGCUGACACUCUCGGCUACUUGCUGCGCUGUCGACACCGCUGCGGCUGUCAAGGAAAUGGCAUCAAGCUGCGUCCUUUGCUUGUUCACUUCUUGCUCCGCUUUUUCUGCUUUCUUCUGUUUCGUCUUUUCCUCUUUCGCGUUCUUUGCUCGUUGGAUGUGCUGAGCGGCAAAUUCUUCGACCAACUUCAGGGGGGGCAUGUUCACCCGAUAGAGGUCGUAGAUCAGCUCCCGCACAGGUUUCCCUUCGAGAGUGAGCCGGUGGAACUCGGUUCUCGCUGCGCUCACUCCUGGCCCCUGCCGGGACAGCCAGUCUGCCGCAACAUUCUUUUUGCCGGGGAUGUGCAAGAAGUUGUAGUCGCCUGCAGCGCGAAUCUCGAUCGCCCACCGGAUGGUCUUUUUUAAAGCUUUCUUGCUGUUCAAAUCCCUUUCGAUGCGACAGGCAGAACAUCGGGUGUUCUUGCAGGAGCAUUGUCCACUGCACAAACUCCCAGCACGAAGACCGCAUCUGCUGCAAAUACUGCAGUCGCGGUUGCCGCUGACGGACCUCCAUCUGCAGCCGGAGUGGAUGCUGAGCGUGAAGGAGGUGAAGAGACUUCUAAGGCCACACUGAGCGUGGUUCCGCCCGAGCUCACGCAUUAUAUUUGGUGUCAUGACUUCCUCAUGUCGAAGUUUCAAGACGGGUCGACCAAGCGCACUUUCCCACUGAAAGUGAUACGCAAAAGACAGAAAAACCUGGCCUUUGGGCACGGGUUUUGCAGACUCGCACAGCAGCUCGAGGAAUUGCCGGAAGGGUGGCUGUACGUGAUGGCCGGUCCGGUAGACGAUAGCUCGCUGGAUCACUACAACAGCGAUUAUCGUACGAUGCCUAUCAACGAGCGCUUUAUUAGCGGAGAAGGACGAUCUACUCGGUCAAUCAUAUUACCCUCUUCCUCAAACUCAACAUCACCUCGCAAUGUUGCAAAUUCAUCCUCGAAACAGCACAUCGCCGUACACGACAAGAAGGCGAACGCAAAAAUAAAUGGAACAAGAAGUUGUACCAAGAAAGCUUCGACCACGCCAAAGAAACACGUCAAGAAUAAUGGCAAAGAUGGAGUUGAUAGCCACCAAGGACAGCACAACAAGCACACAAUAAAGUCAAAGCUAGGACAAGAAGAAGAUGCGGAAAAAAUAGAUAGAGGGCAACAUGGUGACACGCCCGUGAGAAUCUUCUACCUGCACAGCCAAACUGGAAUCGCAACGACGCUCCGGCGCGUGGUUUUUCAAAAGGUCCUACGACAGGAGCACGAAGCGCUGGGAAAGCUGCUGAAAACGCCAAUGUUCGAGUUGGUGGACGGGUGGCUACUGGUGAAAAACAACCAAGCUGACACACCCAUCGUGUACUACAACACGAAAACGCAGGAGCAGACCACGAUAUCCAGGAAAAAACACCCAUCCCCAUCCAAUUUGUCAAUGUCAUGCAAAACAUGCAUAAGCUCCUUUACCUUUGUUUGUCAUGCAAAAAAUGGAUGGGGAUGGGUUUUUUUUUCUGGAUACACGAAGCCCGACCCAGAUACGAUGCUGCGUUUCGGGGUUCUUGAGGGCAACGAGUUAAUGGACUUUCUCUUUCUAAAAUUUGACGACGAGGAGGAACAUGAUCAGGAGGACGCGGAGUCAAAGGAGAACCUUGAUGGGGAAAGCGAAAGCGCGGUCGUGGAUGAGAAGCAGAAGCAAGCAGUACUUGGUGCAGCACAGGAGGGCGCAACAACGCCAAAGUCCACCGCGGUGGCGUCACGACCGGAGAAGUCCUCGCUGAAAGAGAAGUACUUUUCGCUGCCCUGGGUUCCGAAGGAAGUUGUGGACACAAAUUCGUUGCAACAAAUAAAAGGUCACAUCGACAAGGACAAGGGCGUUCACUGGCUGUCCGAAAUUAAGAAAUGGGCACUCAGCACGUGGCCCAGUAACUUUCCCACUCUGCGGCAACUCGACACGGACCUCCCGCGUACCAACAUUAUAGCAGUAUCCUGCGGACGAGCGAAAGUGAUAUCGCACGAUGCGUACUGAUAGAUCAAAAUAUAGUCUGACAAAUAUGCUCUUUGCUCUCACGCGAAGAACACGCUGUCUGAAUCUACAUGAACAUGACAACAUGAACGCUCUUCUUUCACUUUCUUCUUUCGAAAAAACGUAGAAAAUUGUGUAUGAGUUCUAAGCCGUCUCGUGCGAUAUUAAUAUUAUUUUUGCAACGCAUUACCGGAAAAAAUCAAGAACGGGGAAGCUUCCGACAGCGAUUUGUUUGACUACUUCUACAACGCGGUUUCAAGAGCUGGGGAAUUAUGCAUUCUGCAAACAUACAUCCUGUCAGCCUGGGUAGUUGUUCAGAGUUGUGAUCCAUGUAUCCUGCAGCUAUGGCCGCCGAGACGGCGCGUCUGUUCUUGUGCUAGCACAUGCACAGAAUCAAAAAUGACUAUUGCUAUGAAUACCAACACUUCCUACUUUUUCAUCUGAUGAUCCAGAGAACCGAUAAAAAUUGUGGAAGAGGCUACUGAAAAAAAACUAACUGCCUCAGGAUCUUCACAAUCAUCACUCGAUAGAUGAAACCCAGGCUACAUGUUGAUAUUUGCAGCCGAUACGCCUUCAAGGACCUGAUCGACGAGAAGGAGGUGAAGAAGUUCAACGCAGUGAUGAAUCGAGCGCGGCUGCUGACCUGGAGGAAAGCGCGAUCGCUCAUGGCGGACCCUGAGGCCGAUGCAAAUCAGAGUCUGCGCAAUGCAUUUUUGAGAGAAGAUUAUACUCACUGGCCGAGCUGGUGACACUAGCCAAGAACGCUUUGAGCAAAGAAGAAUCUACGAAAAGAAAAGCUCGGUAGCUAAGUACCCAGCGUCAGAAUGAUCUACAUCUACAUUAUUACAGCACCAAUGACAAAAUAAAAGCUGUCCGUCGAAGAACCAAGCAAGGAGCGUUUGGAAUGCCCUCAGGGCGGCCCUGCGGGGCUGCAUGAUAGUGAUUUGUGCCCGAGGACGUAGCAAGAAUCUCAGGAGAUCGAGAUCUUUUUCUUUAGUAGCCUGGAGAUGAAGCAAGA